AUUGUAUUUUUAACGAACAUGAUAUAGUAAUGUGUAGAAAAUUUUUAAAAGAUGAACAGAAAACAUGUGAAAUAUCUAGUAACACUGGUGAAAAUAUAGUUUAUGAUACCGCUAAUUAUAGAUUGAUAAUGGUAAUUAAUUAUUCAGAUUGGAUGUAUCAAGAACGUUUUAGAACUGAUAUGGAUAUAAAUGAAAAAAUUAAGUUGGGAAAUACGUUUGGUCAAUAUGAUUCUGGUUAUCCAGUUUUUAUUUCAGAUGGAAAUAUUGAUAUAGCAUAUCAUCCAGAUUUGACACAAGUUAGUAGUAUUCAAGCAUUUUCUCAAUUGGUUAAUAUAUUAAUUGUUGUGAUAAAAAAUAUAAAAAAACAAAAUAAUAUAAGAAUUAAAGAAGAAAAAAUAAAUGAAUAUUUAAUGUUUGCAAUAAUUGAAAAAGCAACACAACCUUUUAUUCAACAAUCGAUUCAACAACCAAUUUUAUUUCCUCAACAACCAAUUUUUCCACCAAUUGUUCCAAUUUCACCACAAAAACCAAUUUUUAUACCAGAAGAAUUUAACGAUAAAAAUAUAUUUAAUAGUAUAAAAGAAGAAAUAACAAAUUCAAUUAAAACAAAUAAUGAAUUAAAAAAUUUUAUAGAUAACUCAAUUUUAAAACAGGAUAAUAAAAAUGAAUUACAUAAUCUUAGAAAACAGAAAUUAUAUGAAAAAAUAUUUAAUGAAAUUGAAAGAGAAGAAAAGAUUUCUGAUUAA